AUGACGACCAUCACCAUCGGCACCCUGUCGGCGGCGGCGACGGCGGCGGCCGGUGCCAUCGGCCUCGGCUUAGCCGGCAUCGCAGCCUACACGCUCGGACACCACAAGCACCACCACCACGGGGGCGGCUAUGGAUACGGACACGGACAUGGCGGCGGAUACGGACACGGACAUCAUGGCGGUGGUUACGGCCACGGACACGGGCACAGCGGUGGCUACGGACACGGGGGAGGGGGGCAUGGAGGCGGCUAUGGAUACGGACACGGGCACGGACACAGCCAUAGCCACAGCCACAGCCACGGCUAUGGCUACCACAGGAGGAGGAGGGCGGCGGAGGGCGAGCAGGAGGACCUAAAGAAGGUGAUGGAGGAGAUCAGAGCGGCGGACGUGAGCGGAUGCGGAGCCAGGUUGGUGUGCGAACUCGCCGGGGAGAACGAGCGCCCUCUGACCGUCGAGGAAGUGGCUAUCCUGAACCUGGUCGGACGCAAUAUACUGCGGGACUACAGGGCAUCGAGGGCACUGGGGCAGGAGGGGGGUGAUUGUGCCUCCGCCUUCCCCUCGUGUCCCCUCAACGCUACCCAACUCAUGGGCACCGUCAGGAGUUUUCUGCCCUAG